UUACGUGCUUGUUUUAAUUUUAUUAAAAUAGUUGCUUUUUGUUUAAAAAUAAAUUAUAAUGAAGUAUUCCACGUCACCUCCAGUGAGUCGUUGUGCUUCACCAAUAUCAAUAAGAUCAAGCUCAUCUUUGCCUAUGCCAGCAACAUAUAGACAAGAUUGUUUUGGAGCAGCAACAAAAUGCUACAAAUAUCUUAGGAAACUGUUAAAGUUUGAGCAAAUGGAUUUCGAAUUUGCAGUAUGGCAAAUGAUUUAUUUAUUUACAUCUCCACAAAAAGUAUAUAGAAACUUUCAAAGUCGAAAACAAACUAAAUUGCAAUUUGCUAGAGAUGAUCCUGCAUUUUUUGUACUAUUUGAGUGUUGGUUGUGUAUUUCAUCAAUUGGAUUUGCUAUAGUUUUAGGACUUGGAUUUCUACAAUUUAUAAAAUUGCUUUUAUAUGUCAUGUUUGUUGACUGUAUUGGAGUGGGAGUUUUGGUAGCUUCUGUAUUUUGGUUUAUUACAAAUAGGUAUCUACGUACUGAUCAUUCUCAAGAUGUAGAAUGGGGAUACGCAUUUGAUAUUCAUUUAAAUGCAUUCUUUCCACCUUUAGUUAUAUUACAUUUUGUACAACUAUUUUUGUAUAACAUUUUGAUUAGUCAUGAUAAUUUCUUUUCUCUUUUUGUUGGAAAUACUUUCUGGCUUGUUGCAAUUAGUUAUUAUGUAUACAUAACAUUUUUAGGAUAUGCAAGUGUCGAAAUACUUCAUAAAACACAUGUAAUACUUCAAGCUGCGAUACCAAUUACAUUGUUGAUCUAUAUUGUCACAUUAGCCAUUGGUAUCAACAUAAGUCAGGAAGUAAUGAAAUUCUAUCACGAACGAGUUGUUUAAAGUUAAGUGCUUCCUUUAAAACUGUAAAAUAUAAACAAAUUAAUCUUUUAAAUGUACAUAAUUCUUAGAUUUUAAGAUUUGUUAAAGAAGAAUGAAUUUGAAUAUUUGUUAAUGGUAACUC